GCAUCAGAUAAUUCGGACAUAACCACUGGACGCAUUGUAAACACCUUCACUCAUAAAAGUUUCUAUAAAUAUGCGUGUUUGUGUGUGUUUGGAUUAUAAACGGCGCGCUGGCGCCGCGCCAGAACGCAUGUGCUAAAUAGCUUACGAGGAUCACUUCUCGCCCGUCCCGAAACCGACGCGGAACUCUGCGAUGCUCAAAAGAUAGUACAAAAAAGUGAUAAAUUAAGUGCUGUGAAAAUGUCCCCAAAGUGCCCAGUGCCUCCACUUCAAGAAAUCACACUGUCUUUAGUAGCCAGGCAGCUAAUCCACGCCCUAUCCAGAGUCACUGCCGACGAAGAUGUGGCCAUGCUCUUCGCGAUGGUCUCGUCGUAUUACGAGCAAAUGGGGGCUACUAGUGACAUAUUUCAAGAUCUCAUGAACUUAAUACUAAACUCCGAAUACCUCGACCCCUCUAUAAGAUACUACACGAUGAAGUUACUGCUUAGAGAGAAUGUGAAGACUCUUGCUACAGGCAUGUUCCCAUGCCCCUAUUACAGGAAAGUCCUCGAGCUGAUUGUUGAACAAGGACAUCAUCUAACAACUCUAAAUCUAAAAGGAGUAUGGGUUAAAGAAGACCACCUGACUCUCAUGUAUCAUCUAAUCAAGAAUCUUACAAACCUGACAGCCCUCCAUAUUCCUUAUAUCGCCAACGAUGAAGUCCUCAAAUUCAUCGGCGAACAUAACAAACAGCUGAAACUCUUAGACGUGUCUGGAGAAACGGACAUCACAGAAAUCGGUAUAGACGCCAUGUUGUCUGGAAAUCCGGACCUGACUCGAAGCCUAACUGUGGUCAACAUAGGAAUGUAUGGCGAAGAAAACAUCGAUCACACAGACGUGGCGUUGUUGAUACGACGGCUACCUAACCUCACAAAUCUUGGCAGUUACUCAUUCGUCGGGAAAUCUCUUUACCACAUCUACAACAACGAUUGCCCGCCCGAUUUCAAAACAAAGUUACAGUACAUCCACGACGCUCAGACGAACAUGAGGACCAUGAAAGCGAUAGUAGCUUUAUGUCCAAACCUAGAAACUAUUUACCUUGAAGAGCCCGAUUCAGGCGUGCUUGCGUCGAUCAAAGAGUUUAGAGACAUUAACAAAAUUAAGCUUAACAAAUUCCAAUGCCAUGAGCUGCAUCAGCUACUCGACAAAAUCGGAUAUAAAAUCGUUACACUAAUGUUGUCUGGUUCGUUGGGGUCAUUCAACUUCACUAGGAUAGCAGAAACGUGCAGGAACUUGGAAAGUUUGGAGUUCUAUCAAAUACAGACCGCGACGCACGAAGAAGAAGUUCCAUUUACGAAACUGGAGCAUAUAGAAAUAGUUCAAGGAAACUUAUCGCCUUCGUGUCUCAAAUAUUUAAUGUGUGGCAGCCCGAAGCUGAAGAAAAUUAUAAUAGCCGACGAAAUUAAGCUGGAUGACAACGAUAUGUCGCGGAUGCUCCGCCGCUACAAAUUCGAGAACCUCGAAGGCAUAUGGUUCCCGAACGCGCCUCGCCUAACACGGGACACCGUGGAACAGCUCAUGGAGUGUUGCCCCAAACUGCAGAGCUUGGGGCAGCUCAGCGGCUGGCGGUUCACUCCUGAUGACAUGAUGCUUAUGAGAGCUAUAAUAGCAAGUACUAAUAUCGAUCUAGUGCUGUCCCCGCUCGGUAUUUUCCAGCAAGGAAGUUAGAU